AUGGCAGUCACUCAUCCACCAAACCACAUGCAGCACCGUCUCAUCUUCCAUGUAUCUCUCGAUAGCUUUCUUGUGCAUUUCUUGAUGAUUUCCGCUCGACUGAAACAAGACGGUGGUGAUUUUGGCUGCCACCCUCCAGGGAUGCUGUCCGUGGUUGUUUCAAUCGCAAAUUCCUCUCAGGCGAUCAAAUUUUGCGGCGUAUAUUGGUGUCAAGACAGGGAAGCCGGACUGGGCCUGCUGGGUGACACCUGGGAGACUGGAAAGAAGGAAUUCUCCCGGCAGAAACGGCCUUUUACGGAAAGUCACUCAUUGGCGGGACUCGGUGCUUGCCUCUGCCGAUCUAUGACCCGUCGGCUCGAAGAUAUGGCGGCUGGUUUUCUUUCCCUUGCCAACAUUCGAAGAGAAGCGGAGGAGAUCAGGAUGAGCACCUCAGUUGGGGCGAUUGCCGAGGAGUGUGCGGCAACGCGAAGACAGCACGCCCGGACCAACAGAACUCAACUUUUCUCUGCACCUCGAUUCCGGCUCGACAACAUCUCCAAUCCCUCGAACCUUAUCCGAAGGCUUCGUUGCGUUCCCUCUCGAAGCCACAGGAACAAGACUACCCGUGCCUUUGCGCAAAUGCCCCCUCAAUCGACUCCGACCCGUCAGCGUCUACGCGAGGCCGAAGUUGCGCGAACAUUCACAAGCAUGCCGACCUCCACCGCACUAUCGGCCAGCAAUGAUGAGCAGACAAUGGAAGAGGUGGUAGAAGUUGUUGUGCGCUCACUCGGGAUUUCCAAGAAGAGGAGGGGCUGUGAUGAAGAAUUCCGGAAUCUUGGAUGGCUGCGAAUGCCACGCAAACGAGUGCCACAGAUGACUCAAACAAUUCGGCGACGAGCACCAUUUACGAGAAAGAUUCCAUCGGUACAACCUGCAAGCAGUGAAAAUGGCACGUUCGGGAGGAGAGCCACGCGGGCGCUACACGGCCGCAGAGCUUCUGUGGGUGGACGCUUGAAGACUGACGCCUUUCAUACGAUAAUUCUCGACUCCGAUCCGACAAACCGACUGUGUAAUCGACGCUCUCUUCCUCAUAACGAUUCUCGCCUCCCAUUCCACCCAGACCACAAAUGCCCAGUGAACCUGGAUCGGAUUCCGAUGACACCCUCUUGCCUUCAGCAGCACCGCCGAGUAAGUCAGCUUCAGACUCCCAGCCUUGAAUUCACAUCACCUGAAACUCGAAAAAGCCUCGUCCACUUCUCUCAGCCUCGCAAAGGCAUCUCCUUCUUCCCGGACGCUGUUCCGACAUCACUGUCUUCGGGUCAAAUCUUGAAGUAUUCGAGAAAGGACGUCGAGGAAUUUGCUUCUACAGAAGUCAACCAGGCUAUUGUUGUUCUUGAUUCCCGACCCGAGACUCUCGAUCACAGGAUCUAUUUCAGCACUUCCACCCCAAUUCUACAGCUGAUAGAGCCGCACGAGGCAUGGUGCGAAUAUACCUUCGGUGACGAUCGAGAGGGUGGUGGGCUGCAGCAGUCCACGCGUAUGGUCUGCAUCAAGGUCCUCGAGGAACCUGCUUUCUAUCGUUCGAAGCCUGAAAGGGAGGUAACCUUUUUGGCGAGGGCGGGCUUGUCCAAGAAGCUAGUAGCGUUUUAUUGCGGUGUCUGGUGUCGUGGACGAUGCAGGAGAAGAAGAAAAGGGAGGGGAGAACAAGAAAAUGAGGUUGCGAUGGCGCAGGAGGUCAAGAAACGAAUGCACGAGGCCCCACCCAGUCUUUCGGGCAGACACUUCUCCAGUAGUAAGCCAGGUCUUGCACCAGCCAAACAACUCGAUCAAAUGUCUCAGCUUUCAAUCUCGAUCGCCUCAAAGACUCACACUUAUAGAGACUUGAUUCCCGUUGAUCCGGGGAGCGACAUUCAAACUUUCGCCGCUUCCCAUGAGCAGUGCACUCGCGCUGCUUGUCGUAAGGGUGAUUCUGAUCGCAUUCCCUCCACUGACAAGAGCACAGACACUGACAAUAGCACCGAGCAUUUGUUCUACGGCAGCUUAGAAUCUUCGAUGUUCGCCCUUGGAAUUGUGCGAGACACACUUCCUAAGCUCGAAGCAGGCCAGAAAAGCGAUGAAUUGGCUUCGAAAUGGGGAGAAGCCUCGCGGCCGGACUGGAUGCGAUCAAUAACAUCGCCAACCUCCUCUUUCUUCAUCGCGUUCGGGCGUCUAGAAGCAACGAGGAGGGAUCGCUACAAUUGGGCGGAAGGUAGUAGGACCAGAGGGCUUAGAGCUUUCACUAUAGUGUUGGGUCCUUCCAUUACAGGAUCUCAUAAAGUCGAUGUCGAGGUUCCCGCCAGCCGACCUGCCGACGCCCAACGCCGACCUGCCGAGUUGGACUCAGCAACUUCAGCCUCCAUGCUUCCUCCAUCUCCAAACAUCAUCUCGAAAUCCUCCUCGCUAACCAUCCCUACAAAGACGAGGAACUCUGCGCUGUUCUUGCUAUUCUCACUACUACAACACCAUCUCCAGCACAGCCAUUACGCAACAGAUCCAGGCCUACGUACAUGCUCACCUUCCCCUAGAUGGAACAGAUGCAGUGCGAACACAUCGAGUGCGCUGAUUCCAGAAGUAUCGCCCAAACGAAAGCACCAGACACCGGUAUUCAUCAUGGCCAGACUUCAGAAGACAAAGAUAGAAAACACUGUAUGGGCGGCAUGGGGAGGAUAUCAAGACCAUCGUGACCUCAGAUUUGCAGGAGAAGCUUCUCAAGCUGUUGACGCAGAAGCUACCGAGGAUACGACAGGAAGUCCUGCUUCUAUGUCCAAUUUGAGAUUUUUCAUCGGUCCUGGCCUCAAGCAUACCUCUUCUGGAGCCAUCAACGAGAUUGCUAUAAACCUUGAGCGCCCAUUUGUCGCCAGCCAAUGA